AGCACCCCAUCUAAGAUCAGACUUUUCAGACCCAGAACUGAUCCCACAUUAGCCAUGGACAGAGCCAUCCUUCUGCUGUCAGUCAUGUGUCUGGGCGUCUCCUCUCAACCAAUCACAGACAGCCAGCGCAUGUUCUCCAUAGCCGUCAGCAGAGUCCAGCACCUCCAUCUACUCGCUCAGAGGCUCUUCUCUGAAUUUGAGAGUUCUCUGCCGACGGAAGAGCAACGGCAGCUCAACAAGAUCUUCCUGCAGGAUUUCUGCAACUCAGAUUACAUCAUCAGCCCCAUCGACAAGCAUGAGACACAACGCAGCUCUGUUCUAAAGCUUUUGUCGAUAUCUUACCGCUUGGUGGAAUCGUGGGAGUUUCCCAGCCGUUCUCUCUCCGGCGGCUCUUCACCGAGGAACCAGAUCUCACCAAAACUGUUUGACCUGAAGUCCGGGAUCCUGCACCUAAUCAGGGCCAAUCAGGAUGCAGAAGAGCUCUUUCCAGACACCUCCACCCUCCAGCUGGCGCCCUACGGAAAUUAUUAUCAGAGUCUGCAAGCUGACGAUUCCCUGCGGAGAAACUAUGAACUACUGGCUUGCUUCAAAAAGGACAUGCACAAGGUGGAGACUUAUCUGACAGUGGCAAAGUGUCGGCUUUCCCCGGAGGCAAACUGCACUUUGUAGCCCUGCCCCUCCCAAGUCAAGCCCCGCCCCCUUGUGUUAGCAUAGAUUCUGCUUGGUGAUGCUGUUUCAGUUGAAAUGUUGACAAGACGAGUUCUGACCUGAUUUGUGAAGAAAGCUGCCAAAAAGAUGUGAUGUCACAGCAGUAAUGUGUAAA